AUAUAUGAACGUUACAAAUUCAAGUUGAGUACACUCCUCUUGGAAUCUUGACCCCUCGCCGAAGAUCCAGCCGAAGGCAGUCUAAUUUUGGUGGGGUUUGUGUCAAAUUCUAUGCCCGGAGCGAUUUGUGGUAUUGGGUUGCUUUCGGGUUCUGGUUGAUAAGAGCAUUUUUACUCUCUUUUUUCCUGAGAUAAUCUCUAUGCGUUUUGGGUUUAGGGUUUCUGCAAAGAUUUGGUUUUUGUAACAUUUCUUCUCUCAUGCGAUCCCCAUUACUUGAGAGAGAGAGAGGAACGGUUUGUCUGUAACACGAUCUUUAGCUUAGCAGGGAGGUAAAGUAGGUUUUUUCUAAACCUAGUUGCAGUGAAAUGGACAAGCUUGCAUCUGCAGCACAACUUCAAGAGAAGGAGGAUGAUUUUGAGACACAUUCGACUAAAAGGGAGCAUAGCCCUGCAACAACCGGUAGUCCUUCUAGUCUGAAAAUGUCUGCUGGGUGGAACCCUGCAGAAGCUUGCAGGCCUUCAAUCGAUGAAGCUCCCGUGUUUUAUCCAUCUCCUGAGGAGUUUCAAGAUGCACUUGCUUACAUAGAGAAGUUACGCCCAAAAGCAGAAUCAUAUGGCAUCUGUCGAAUUGUGCCGCCUGAUUCAUGGAGGCCUCCCUGCCCUCUCAAGGACAAACAUAUAUGGGAGAACUCCAAAUUUUCCACCCGGAUCCAGCAGAUUGACUUGCUCCAAAAUAGAGAACCGAUUAACAAGACAACAAAAAACAGAAGGAGAAAACGAAAAAGACACUCAAGAAUGGGAAUAUCGGAAAGAAGAAAGGACUCAUGUUGUGAAGCUGCUUCCUCCCCUGAGAUGGAUGGAAAAUUUGGUUUCCAGACUGGGCCAGAUUUUACGCUGGACAAGUUUCAGAAGUAUGAUGAUUACUUUAAGGAAUGUUACUUCCGGAUAGGGGAUCAUCCUUGUGAUUCCAGAGCUUCUGUAGAUAAAAAAUGGAAGCCAUCUGUUGAGGAAAUCGAAGGUGAAUAUUGGCGGAUAGUGGAGCAAGGAACUGAUGAAGUUGAGGUAUAUUAUGGAGCUGACUUGGAAACACACAAAUUUGGAGGUGGGUUCUCAAAGCAACGAUCGAAAUAUGCUGGAAGUGAUUCAGAUCAAUAUGCUAGUUCUGGUUGGAACCUAAGUAAUCUACCUCGUUUACCUGGGUCCGUUCUCUGUUUUGAGAACUGUGAUAUCUCUGGAGUUAUCAUACCAUGGCUUUAUGUGGGAAUGUGUUUUUCAACAUUCUGUUGGCAUGUUGAAGAUCAUCAUCUUUAUUCCUUGAACUAUCUGCACAUGGGUGACCCGAAAAUAUGGUACGGAAUCCCUGGAGACCUUGCUUUGUCUUUUGAGAAUGCAAUGAAAAAGCAUCUUCCAGAUUUGUUUGAAGAACAACCGGACUUGAUGCAUGAACUUGUCACUCAGUUAUCUCCUUCAAUCUUAAAGGAUGAAGGAGUACUUGUCUACCGAACUGUCCAGAACAGUGGAGAAUUCAUUCUUACCUUUCCAAGGGCAUACCACUCGGGAUUUAAUUGUGGUUUUAACUUUGCAGAAGCAGUAAAUGUCGCGCCCGUUGAUUGGCUAGCGCAUGGACAGCAGGCUGUCGAGCUCUACAGUAAGCAACGUCGGAAGAAUUCAUUGUCGCAUGACAAGCUGCUUCUUGGAGCAGCUAAGGAAGCUGUUCAAUCCUUAUGGGAGCUUUCGGUUUCGAGGAAGAAAACUCCUAAGAUACUGAGGUGGAAGAGGGUUUGUCGUGAGGAUGGAUUGCUAACGAAAGCAGUCAAGAAGCGGGUGCAGAUGGAGGACGAAAGGCUAAACCGUCUUCAAAAUAGCUUUAGGUUGCUAAAUAUGGAGGAUGAUUUUGACUCAAAGAGAGAAAGGGAGUGCUUUUUGUGCUUCUAUGACUUGCAUCUGUCUGCUUCAAGCUGCAAGUGUUCCCCUGACCGAUAUGCGUGCCUUACUCAUGCAAAAGACUUGUGCUCAUGUGAAAGCAGUGAGAGAUUUGUCCUCCUCCGUCAUAAUUUGGAUGAGUUACAUUCAAUGGUUAAAGCAUUGGAAGGCGAUCUUGACGCUGCGAAAGUAUGGGCACAUAAAUGUUGUGACAAAAGUUCUUCCCAUUUAGGUAUCGAAGGCUUAGAAAGUGAUGCUGGCACAAACAAGCUGGUGGAGUUGAAACAUGAUGGUGACGAAAACAAUGACAAGAAAGCUGUUGAUGAUGAAAAUCUCGACAGCAUCUGUAAGUUGGAUGAGGAGAAGAUAAUGGUUGAAUCUCAAAAACAACAUAUGCAUCGAAAUGUGGAACAUAGUGGAUUGCCGAAUAUAGAUGGUGGUGGGUUACUGGUAAAUGCUUCUAAAAGGGACCAGAACAGAGCAACUGAAAGUUUAGGUCACUCUGUCGAACUUUUGCAAGCUGGAUCUCUUGUUGUUAAGAAGCUUUGGUGCACUAAGCAAGCAAUAUAUCCAAAAGGAUUCAAAAGCCGUGUAAAGUUCUUGAGUGUUCUUGAUCCAACAAAAGUAACCUACUAUAUCUCAGAGAUUCUGGACGCAGGGCUUCUUGGUCCAUUGUUCAGGGUUUCAGUUGAAGAAUUCCCAAGCGAGAACUUCUCAAACGUAUCAGCUGAGAAAUGCUGGGAAAUGGUGAUACAGAGGCUCAGGCUCGAAAUCCUCAAAAGGUGCAAUCAACCACCUGAGCCGUCAUCCUCUUUGCUGCCAUUGCAGACUGUCAAUGGGUUUGAAAUGUUUGGAUUUCUCUCCCCUCAAAUAAUCCAGGCAGUCGAGACUCUUGAUCCAAAUCAUCAGCUUGAGGAGUACUGGAACUACAAGUCGGAAAAAAUUUCCGGGUUCGACUCGACUAAGGUAGGGGAAAAGAACACGGGAGAAGAGGCGGCACCAGAUCCUUCGUUGGAUCGAGACACAAGGCUUUUGAGAGGGCUGCUGACGAAGGCGACACCCGAGGAGCUUAUACUGAUGCACGGACUUCUCUGUGGACAAUCAAGUGGCACUGAGCUGAGGGAAGAGCUUUCUUCGCUGGUGGAUCAGAUGGAGAAGAAGGGUUCUUGAUGAACACACAAAAAAGGAAAGAAACAGCCACUCACUCAGGUUUUAGUUUUGUUCCUUCAGAGAUUCUGGCAUAUGUUGUUUAGAAUAAAACAAGGGUACUCAGUUUGUAGAAUCUUGUUGUUGUUGGCAUUUAUAUGAGCAAACGGCAUAAUUAGAAAUAA